AUGGCCCGACUACUUCUCGCCGCGUGCUGGUCGGCUCUGGUGGUGAAUAUCUUGGCCGAAGACGCCUACGAGUCCUUCGACCCGCUCGCCUACGUCGACCCCCUCAUCGGAGCAAGCAACGGCGGCAAUGUGUUUCCCGGCGCGUCGUUACCCUACGGCAUGGCCAAGGCCGUGGCCGACACCAACAGCGGCAGCAACCAAGGCGGCUUCACCCUCGACGGCGCCUCAGUAACCGGCUUCAGCAUGAUGCACGACAGCGGAACGGGAGGCAGCCCGAGUCUAGGCAACUUUGCCCUCUUCGCCUACACCAACUGUCCCGGAGGCGAGAUCAAUCGGUGUGCCUUCCCCAAGAAGGCGCGCGCCAAGUCCGGCCGCUUCACCAACACCAGCGUGUCCGCGAAGCCCGGCACGUUCGGCAUCACACUAGACAACGGCAUCCGCGCCGAGAUGACAACCACCCACCACACCUCCCUCUUCAGCUUCACCUUCCCGAGCGUGGAUGCCGACCAGGAACCGGCGCAACCACUCAUCCUACAGGACCUCACCGACCUGUCGGACUCCCGCCAGGAUAACGCCACGGUCCGUGUCGACCCAGACACGGGCCGGAUCACGGGCAGCGCGCGGUUCCUGCCGAGUUUCGGCACGGGGUCAUACGUGCUGCACUUUUGCACGGAUUUUCGGGGCGCCGAGAUCGCGGACGCCGGCAUCUUUGCGGAUAGCAGGGCCAGCGCGGAGGUGCACCGGCUGACUGUCUCGCGGUCGAUCAACGGGUACCCUUUGCCGGGGGGCGCGUUUGUGCGGUUCAACUCGGCGGCUGAGCCGAUCCUGGCGCGGACGGCGACGAGUUUUAUCAGUGUUGAACGGGCGUGUGAGCAUGCGGAGCGGGAGAUUCCGGAUUUUGACUUUGCUGCUGUUUCGGAGGCGGCUACGGAUCUUUGGCGGGAGAAGAUGAGCCCGAUCAGGGUGUCGCCGGACAAGGUGGACGGGUCGAUGUUGACUAACUUCUACAGUGGGAUCUAUCGGACUAUGGUAAACCCGCAAAACUACACAGGGGAGAAUCCGCUGUGGGCUAGUGAUGAGCCGUACUUUGAUUCGUUUUACUGCCUCUGGGACCUGUUCCGGUCUCAGCUCCCGCUCCUCACCAUCACGGACCCGAACGCUGUGACAGACAUGGUUCGGUCACUGAUCGAUACCUACCGUCACACCGGGUGGCUUCCGGAUUGUCGGAUGACUCUGAACAAGGGUUACACUCAGGGCGGGUCUAACGCGGAUGUGGUUCUGGCGGAUGCGUACGUUAAAGGGCUCAGGGGGGGUAUCAAUUGGGACGACGGGUACGCCGCGGUGGUAAAAGAUGCCGAGGUCGAGCCGUUCGACUGGUGCUGCGAGGGCCGGGGCGGCCUGGACAGCUGGAAGGCGCUCGGGUACAUUCCGGUUCAAGACUUCGACUUCAAGGGCUUCGGCACGAUGACGAGGAGUAUUUCGCGGACACUGGAGUACGCGUACAACGACUUUUGCAUCUCCCAGAUGGCUGCGGGGCUCAACAAGACGACGGAUAAGGAAAAGUACCUUGGGUCGAGCGGGAACUGGGAGAAUCUGUUCAAAGAAGAGCAGGCGUCGGAGUGGUGGAACGGGACGGACACCGGGUUUACGGGGUUUUUCCAACCGCGUUACUUGAACAAGACUUGGGGCUAUCAGGAUCCUCUUAAUUGCAGCAAUCUUGAUGCCACGAGUGUUUGUUCUCUGCAGAACACGGGGCGCGAGACCUUUGAGAGCAGUAUCUGGGAGUACGGUUUCUUCGUCCCCCACGACCAAGCCUCCCUCAUAACCCUCUACGGCGGCCCCUCCUCCUUCAUCUCCCGCCUCGACUACCUCCACGACAGCGCCAUCACCUACAUCGGCAACGAGCCCGCCUUCCUAACCGUCUUCCAAUACCACUACGCCGGCCGCCCGGGCCUCUCCGCCAAACGCGCCCACUUCUACAUCCCCCACUUCUUCUCCGUCGCCCCGGACGGCCUACCAGGCAACGACGACAGCGGCGCAAUGGGCUCCUUCGUGGCCUUCUCCAUGAUGGGCCUGUUCCCCAACCCGGGCCAGAACGUCUACCUCAUCACGCCGCCGUUUUUUGAGGCUGUCAAUAUUACCCAUCCGGUUACCGGGCGUACGGCGAGGAUCAGGACCGUGGGGUUUGAUGCGGGGUAUGAGGCGAUAUAUGUGCAGAGUGCGACGUUGGAUGGGGAGGUGUAUACCAAGAGUUGGGUGGAUCAUAGUUUUUUUACGGAGGGAAGGGAGUUGGUGUUGACGUUGGGGAAGGAGGAGAGUAGUACGUGGGGGAGGAAGGUGGAAGAUUUGCCGCCCAGUUUGGGGGAGUAUCAGGGGUUUGGGGGGAGGUCGUCGGGGGGCGGGAGUGAGAGGGGAAGGGGGAGGGCAAGUGGGAAUGGGAGUGGAAACGGGACAUUGAAGAGGACGGUGAUGGAAGGGUUGUUGCACAGGGCGGAGAGUGGGGGCCUGUUUGGGUUGUGA